AUGACGCCCGCUUACUACGAGUAUACUCGUAGUUGGCAAAUAAGUGACGCCCGCUUAUUACGAUUGGCAGUCAACGUGUUAAGAGCUUCGUCUGCUCGUAGAUACAGUCACAUAUUAGUAAAUGGUGAUUUUCAUUAUCCAAAAAUUGACUGGGAUAAUUGGACGGCCCAUGGUAAUGAAAAGAGCUUGAAUUUUAUUAAAUGUCUAAGAGACUGCUACUUCAAUCAGUUGAUUACAAAACCCACCAGAGGGAGAGGAAAUAAUAACCCAUCAAUACUUGAUCUUGUUAUUACAAAUGACGAUGAUUUUAUAGAAACUUGUAACACGUUUUCUCCUCUCGGCAAAAGUGACCAUUUCGUGGUAGAAGUGGUUUUUAAAUGUGAACGCAAAUCUAAAUCAGAAAUACCCAGUUUAAAAAGAACUGAUGUUAAAUUAGCUGAGUCAAGUAAAGAAAAAGCCGACACUUUAUCAGAAUUCUUUGCAAGUGUAUUUACAUCAGAACCACCAGGGACUUGGACGCCAAAGAAUAAACCAAACAUUGUGAAUAGUCUUAGUAUUACCAUAACAGAAAAAAUGGUGUAUGACAAGUUAUGUAACCUCAAUAUUUCUAAGUCCCCUGGACCCGACAAUAUGCAUCCACGUGUAUUGAAAGAGCUUGCAGAUGUAUUAACGCCAGCAAUAACUGAAAUUUUUAACAAUUCCUUGAGAUCUGCAACUGUACCUGAGAAUUGGAAGUAUGCUAAUAUUAGUGCUAUAUUCAAAAAAGGAGACAAGAACUUACCAACAAACUACCGUCCUGUAAGUUUAACAUCAAUUUUAUGUAAAAUCCUUGAAUCAUUUAUUAAAGAUGCACUCGUGAAAUUUUUGGUAGAUAAUGGUUUGUUGUCUAAUAAGCAAUAUGAGUUUAUAUCUGGAAGAUCCACAGUACUACAGCUAAUCAAAGUUUUGGAUAAGUGGACUGAGAUUCUUGAUAGAGGGGGAGCAGUAGAUGAAGUUCAAUACUCGGAUAUAUUCUUAUUUGCUGAUGAUAAUAAAUUAUUUCGUGAAAUAUUUUCGAGUAAGGACUCUCGCAAACUACAAGAAGAUCUAAAUAGUAUAGUGCAGUGGUCUAAUAAUACCCUGUUGAAAUUUAAUCCAGAUAAAUGUGUUGCAAUGAGAAUAACUACAAAAAAUAGACUAUCAAGUCCAUGCAAUUACGUUAUGAAUGGUUCCGCCCUUAGAAAUACAAGUUGUGAAGAAGAUCUUGGUGUAUUAAUAGAUAACCAUCUAACAUUUUCAAACCACAUUUCAUUAAAGGUUAAAAAAGCAAAUCAGAUUAUGGGCUUGAUUCGAAGGACAUUUGACUAUAUGGAUAAUGAAAACUUUGUCUUGUUGUUCACAUCCCUUGUCAGACCACAUAUUGAGUAUGCUAACACAGUAUGGUGUACAUUCUUGAAAAAGGACAUGUUGAUUGUGGAAAACGUACAACGUAGAGCUACGAAAAUGCUCCCAGGUAUGAAGGAUUUAACAUAUGAUGAAAGGCUCAGGUUACUGAAACUUCCUUCAUUAUUCUACAGAAGAUAUCGAGCAGAUAUGAUUGAGACAUUCAAGAUAACUAAUAAUGUUUAUGACGAAGCUGUUACUGAGAACUUGUUAUUGCCAAAAUUGUCUAACACCAGAGGACACGAUAAAGCACUUUUUAAAAGAAGCUGUAACUUGGAUUUGCGAAAGUUCUCAUUCACGAAUCGUGUAGUGACUUUAUGGAAUUCUUUACCUGAGGACACAGUGUCAUGUAACACAGUGAAUCAAUUUAAAAUGAAGCUAGACAAAUUAUGGUCUGAUAAAGAUUAA